AUGGCGGGAGUCGGCGGGUACAGAAUAAAGGGAGAAGGUGUUUCACAUGUUCAUUUUGGACCAGACGAGUUGGAAAAAGGCCGAAGAAGGCUGAGGCUUGUGAUGGGGGCCGAAUAUACCCUGUCUGUCUGUAUCAGAAUUACUGGCGAUUGUUCGGAUCCGAGAGGAGAGUUGCGAGCAACAAAUGCUUGCAGAUCGAAUUACACCCAGUCUGACGAUUCUCUCAAAACUCAAAUUUCUGUGCCACGUUCAAGCAGAUGUUGGUAUUGGUGUUUGGCCUGGAAUCGGGGUGUCGUUCCUAUUCGUGUACUCUACCGACAGUCAGGACCAGAGAACCGAUCUCUGGGAAUCCAAUCAACCGAUCGAGUACAGGAUAAUUUAAGUUUCGUGAUGAACGAGUUUUCACCUAGGGUUAGAAAGAAUGAUGGAAUCCUCCGCGGAGAUGAAGUGAAAUGA